AAAAUCAUUUACUGUGUGGCGAGUGAUAUUUACAGUUUUACCCUUCUCCGAAAAUCAGAUUCCGAGCCAAAAGAGGUCUCGGCGUCUUCCUCGUGCUCCAAAAGUUCCGUCUCUCAAAAUUUCACGAGUUCUUUCCCUGUAACAGAUUCCCUCCGUAUUAAAAUCUAUCAGCCUUCUCUGCAUGUAGUUUCUGCGGCCUUCCCUAGGCGAUUUUUUCCUUUCUUUUUUUUUUUUUUUUCAACGGUUAUUUGUUGGCAGCUAAAGCUUCACCGUUAACCGCCUUAAGAUGGGAGGGUUUUACACCGGCGGACUAGUACAUUUUCGUUUUGAGCGGAGGUAGAUUCAGAAUUUGAGAGAUUUCUUUUGGUUCUCUUGUCAGAGAGAUUGAUGCCAUCAAGUGCACUUAAGAGAUUAGAGAUACAUUUCCUCUAUGUGGUCUCGGAGUUAAUAAGUUCUGGUUUGACCUGAUUGUUAGCAAGCUGAUUUUAUGCGGUGUAGUGAACCGUUUAUGAUGGCUUGCCCUCUGUAAGAGAGUGUAUGCGCCAAAAGAUCUUGGUCAGAGAGUUGUGGACCAAAAAUUUAUCCCCACUUGAUUGGAUAAAUUCAAGUAUAUAUAGGAAUUAAGCAAAAUUCUAUAUUUCAAAAUUAUGUGGUCACCCCAACGCCGCACCUCAUAGAUUUCUUACUUGGGAUCUGAGUGUCAUUAUGGGUCCUACUCUUCUGUGAGCAAACCCUUUAUAUUGGAAACCUCAACUUUGCACAAAGCUGUAGAUUACAGAGAAAUGGAUGGGGAUACUUCUGGUGUAGAGGGUGAUAACUGGAACACUGAUGAUGAGCUGGAAAUUGAUAACUUCUCUUUAUCUUCUAAUUCAAGUUUGACACUUCCAAAUGGAGAAGCUCUUGCUUGCUCUGGGGAGGCAAGCUCGUCGGCUGGUUCUUCCAACUCCAAGUUGAUUGAUCAUUUCAUAGGGAUGGGGUUCUCUGAAAAGAUGGUCGCCAAAGCAAUUCAGGAAAAUGGAAAGGAAAAUACAGAUUCAAUUCUAGAAACCCUCCUCACAUACUCGGCUCUUGAAAGCUCUCCCCAUGGACAGCAACAUAUCGAUUCUGAUCAUUGUUCUUUGGAAUGUGAAGGGAGCUUUCUUGAUGAUUUCUCAGAUAUUGAUAGUUUUUCCGACGAGGAAAUCACAAAUCCUGUGUCUGAUGAGGAGGGUAAAUUGUCGUCGUUAGUGAAAAUGGGGUACACAAUGGACGAGGCUUCAAUAGCAAUAGAGAGAUGUGGUCUCGACUCCUCACUUGUGGAGUUGACAGAUUUUAUCACUGCUGCUCAAAUGGCCAAGGUGGCAGAUGUUCAUUUCCCCCUUGAAGACAAGCCGAUUCCUAAUCAUUCAUUCAAGAAAAGGAAACAUUUUGAUUAUGAGAUGUGGAAAAGAAAAAAGCAGAGGGGGUUAGAGAAGAGGCUCCUUCAUGAUGAUGAUGAGGAGAUAAUUCGUCUCCCAAAUCCAAUGAUUGGGUUUGGUGUCCCUAAUGAUUUAUGCCAGACAAUUCAUAGAACACUUCCAGAGGCAGCCAUUGGGCCUCCCUUUUUCUAUUAUGAGAAUGUGGCUCUUGCUCCUAAAGGGGUUUGGACCACUAUUUCACGGUUCCUGUAUGAUGUGGAGCCGGAAUUUGUUGAUUCAAAAUAUUUCUGUGCUGCUGCUAGGAAAAGGGGCUAUGUUCACAAUCUCCCAAUCGAGGACAGAUUUCCUCUUGUUCCGCUUCCACCAAGCACCAUCUCUGAGGCAUUUCCCUUAACAAAGAAAUGGUGGCCUUCGUGGGACCCGAGAACAAAGUUGAAUUGCCUACAAACUUGCGUUGGCAGUGCAAAACUGACAGAGAGAAUCCGCAAGGCAAUUGAAGACUAUGAUGGUGAACCACCGCAGCAUGUUCAAAAGUAUGUGCUUGAUGAAUGUCGAAAGUGGAAUCUGGUCUGGGUUGGGAGGAACAAGGUUGCCCCGCUUGAGCCUGAUGAAGUAGAAAAGCUUUUGGGAUUCCCAACUAACCACACGAGGGGAGGUGGAAUAAGUCGAACUGAUAGAUUUAAAUCACUCGGUAAUUCAUUCCAGGUUGACACAGUAGCAUACCAUCUCUCGGUCUUGAAAGCCAUGUUCCCAAAUGGGAUCAAUCUUCUUUCUCUUUUCUCUGGGAUUGGUGGUGCGGAAGUAGCCCUACAUAGGCUUGGUAUCCCUCUUAAGAAUGUUGUAUCAGUUGAGAUUUCAGAAGUAAAUAGAAAUAUCGUCAGGAGUUGGUGGGAGCAAACAAACCAGAGAGGGAAUUUGAUCGACCUUCCAGACGUGCAGCAGUUAAAUGGUGAUCGGUUGGAGGAGUUGAUGGGCUCGUUUGGAGGAUUUGAUCUUGUAGUUGGAGGGAGCCCAUGUAAUAAUCUCGCAGGUAGCAACAGGCUUCAUCGAGAUGGACUCGAGGGUAAAGAAUCUUCACUCUUCUAUGAUUUCUUUCGUAUUCUAGACUUAGUCAAAUGUAUCAUGAACAAAACACAAUGAUUUCAUGUUAAGAGCCGUUUUUCCUGGUACUUGUUUAAUUUAGAUUUCUUGGAUCUU